UUGGGAGUGUCUUUUCCACCAGUUUUGCUCUGCUCCUCAUAAUCCACAGUUUUUGACUUGGCUUUACAUAUCUGCCCAUCUUUCUUGCCUUUUUGGCUUUUUACGAGUGUUAUUCGCAUGCAAUUAUUUGAUUCAAGAAGAAUCUGUGUAGUAAAAGUAAUAGUAACAGUAAUAGCAAGAGCAAGAGUAGUAGGAGUACUGCUUCUGCCAACCGCCUAACCAUGCUUAUUUAUGUAGCUUAAGUCAUGGUAGAGGGUCCCCAGUCGCCAUAAUUUCCAAUAUACAUCUUUAUCCACUAUGAACUCUGCACUUGCAACUCCCUUAUUCAGUUUACUCCGCUGUCAAAAACUACCAAGCUUAUCAAAUAUGGGCUCCCUGCAGUUCUUGAAUCUUCACAUUGGUUGAUUCAAUCGAAUACAAUUCAAUUCAUUCAUCUUCUCACUUUUAUGUUUCAAGGUGCGAAGAGAUCUUGGUGUGAAGGGAAGAAUUAGUUGUUCUGUGUUUUAGUCUUUGCAAAGGAUAGAAAUGGCUACACUCGGCAGAGAUGACCUUACGAGGUCCAUCAGCAGAGGGUCUACGAGUAGAAGGUUGAGCUUGUCAAUCAGCUCAAGAAGUUGGGCUUCAGCCAGUGUUAAGGAAGUAUUUGCCGGGCCUGGUGGAGAUGUAUUCCAGAGAAGUAGGAGGGAAGAUGAUGAAGAAGAGUUGAAGUGGGCCGCAAUUGAGAGACUUCCGACAUAUGAUCGAUUAAGAAAAGGGAUGCUGAAGCAAGUGUUAGAUGAUGGGACAGUCGUUCGAGAGGAGGUUGAUGUUGCCAAUCUUGGUAUGCAAGAUAGGAAGCAACUCAUGGAAAGUAUCCUGAAAGUUGUGGAAGAAGAUAAUGAGAGGUUCCUUCAAAGACUCAGAGACAGGACUGACAGGGUGGGUAUUGACAUCCCCAAAAUUGAAGUACGAUAUGAGCAUUUGUCGAUUGAAGGAGAUGCAUAUGUAGGAUCCAGGGCUCUUCCUACUCUGCCAAAUGCUUCAUUCAAUGUGGUUGAGGGCAUUCUUGAAAAAUUGAGGGUUUUUCCGUCAAAGAAAAGGGUUGUGAAGAUACUUCACGAUGUAAGCGGAGUUGUAAAGCCAUCCAGGAUGACACUACUUCUUGGACCACCAGGCUCUGGGAAAACUACUUUUCUGAAGGCCCUUGCUGGAGCCCUGGACAAGGAUCUUAGGGUCACUGGAAAAAUCACUUAUUGUGGUCAUGAAAUGUCAGAGUUUAUUCCUCAAAGGACUUGUGCCUAUAUUAGCCAGCAUGAUCUGCAUCAUGGAGAGCUGACUGUCAGGGAGACAUUGGACUUUUCGGGGCGAUGCUUAGGUGUUGGAACCAGAUUUGACCUUCUUGCAGAGCUUUCAAGGAGAGAAAAAGAUGCUGGAAUAAAGCCUGACCCUGAGAUAGAUGCGUUCAUGAAAGCCACAGCGGUGGCAGGCCAAGAAUCUAGUCUUGUCACAGAUUAUGUUCUUAAGAUUCUUGGAUUAGAUAUUUGUGCCGAUAUUAUGGUAGGUAAUGAGAUGAGGAGGGGCAUCUCAGGUGGACAGAAAAAGCGGCUUACUACUGGAGAAAUGCUUGUUGGCCCUGCCAAGGUCUUUUUCAUGGAUGAGAUCUCAACAGGUCUUGAUAGUUCCACCACUUAUCAGAUAGUCAAGUUCAUGAGGCAGAUGGUCCAUAUCAUGGAUGUGACAAUGAUAAUUUCACUUCUCCAACCUGCUCCAGAAACUUAUGAUCUCUUUGAUGAUAUCAUUUUGCUUUCGGAGGGACAGAUUGUCUACCAAGGUCCAACUGAGCAUGUUUUAGAGUUCUUUGAGAGUGUUGGUUUUAGGUGCCCAGAAAGGAAAGGGGUCGCCGACUUUUUACAAGAGGUUACAUCUAUGAAGGACCAAGAGCAAUACUGGUUCAGGAAAAACGAACCUUACCAUUACGUUUCUGUUCCUGAAUUUGUAGAGCGCUUCAGUUCUUUCCAUAUUGGACAGAAAAUUUUUGAUGAAAUUGCUAUUCCAUAUGACAAAGCUAAAACUCAUCCUGCUGCAUUAGUCACUGAAAAGUAUGGUAUCUCCAGUAUGGAACUUCUUAAAGCAUGUUUAGCAAGGGAAUGGCUACUGAUGAAACGCAACUCUUUCUUAUACAUAUUUAAGACCACUCAGAUCACUGUCAUGUCAAUCAUUGCUUUUACAGUGUUUUUUAGGACAGAAAUGAAGGUUGGUCAGCUUCAGGAUGGAGGCAAAUUUUAUGGUGCCCUAUUUUUCAGCCUUGUCAAUGUGAUGUUUAAUGGUACAGCAGAGCUUGCUCUGACAAUUUUCAGGCUUCCCGUGUUCUUCAAACAGAGGAAUUCUCUUUUCUUUCCUGCAUGGGCUUUUGCUAUGCCAAUCUGGAUUCUCAGGAUACCGCUUUCACUAAUGGAAUCAUUGAUAUGGAUAGUUCUUACUUAUUAUACUAUAGGCUUUGCUCCUGCUGCUAGUAGGUUCUUCCGCCAAUUGUUGGCCUUUUUUGCUUUGCAUCAGAUGGCUUUGUCACUCUUUCGAUUCAUUGCCGCACUUGGAAGAGUGCAAGUUGUUGCUAACACUCUUGGUACCUUCACAUUGCUUAUGGUUUUUGUUCUUGGUGGUUUUAUCAUUGCUAAAGAUGACAUCAAACCGUGGAUGAUAUGGGGCUACUAUGUAUCUCCUAUGUCGUAUGGACAAAACGCCAUAGUCAUCAAUGAGUUUCUGGAUAAAAGAUGGAGUACCCCAUACCAUGGCACAGAUGUUCUUGAACCCACCGUGGGGAAGGUUCUUCUCAAGUCCAGGGGCAUGUAUACAACAGAGUCUAUGUAUUGGAUAUGUGUUAUUGCACUCUUUGCCUUCUCACUGCUCUUCAAUGUCUGCUUUAUUCUAGCGCUGACUUACUUGAAUCCUUUUGGGGAUUCUAAAUCUAUUAUUGCGGAUGUGAAUGAUAAACAAGAUAAAAAGAAGCACUCCUCUAACUUAAGAAUUCCCACAGAAAGUACCUCAGCAUCUACUGCUCCAGUAUUUGAAGGUAUAGAUAUGGCAGUAAGACCUGCACCGCAGCGGAGCAACUUAAGUGUUGAAGAGAAUGGAAACAAGAAGAGGGGAAUGGUGCUACCAUUCCAGCCCUUGUCACUUGCGUUCAAUCACAUCAACUAUUAUGUUGAUAUGCCAGAUGAAAUGAAAAAGCAAGGAAUUGAAGAUACUCGCCUCCAAUUGUUGCGCGAUGUUAGCGGUGCUUUUCGUCCUGGUGUUUUAACAGCAUUGGUUGGUGUUAGCGGUGCUGGAAAGACCACUCUGAUGGAUGUUUUAGCAGGAAGAAAAACUGGGGGAUACAUUGAAGGAAGUAUAAGCAUUUCUGGUUACCCCAAAAACCAAUCAACUUUUGCUCGCGUCAGCGGCUACUGUGAACAGAAUGACAUACAUUCUCCACAUGUUACUGUCUACGAGUCUGUUGUGUACUCGGCCUGGUUGCGUCUUUCUCCAGAUAUAGAUAAGCAAACAAGGAAGAUGUUUGUUGAUGAAGUCAUGGACUUGAUUGAGUUAAAUUCUCUAGGGAAUACUUUAGUUGGCCUUCCUGGAGUAGAUGGAUUGUCAACUGAACAAAGGAAGAGGCUCACAAUAGCAGUAGAACUCGUGGCUAAUCCAUCAAUAAUAUUUAUGGAUGAGCCCACAUCUGGUCUCGAUGCUAGAGCUGCUGCUAUUGUGAUGCGCACUGUGAGGAACACCGUAGACACGGGGCGAACAGUAGUCUGUACAAUUCACCAACCAAGUAUAGAUAUAUUUGAAGCAUUUGAUGAGCUAUUGCUGAUGAAGAGAGGAGGGCAAGUCAUCUAUGGCGGACCACUUGGCCAACGUUCCCAUCUCAUGAUAGAAUAUUUUGAGUCUGUACCUGGGGUAACCAAGAUUAGAGGAGGAUAUAAUCCUGCUACAUGGAUGCUGGAUAUCAGCACUCCCUCAGUCGAGGCUCAGCUCAAUGUGGACUUCGCUGAAAUUUAUGCUAAUUCUGAUGUUUAUAGGAGAAAUCAAGAACUUAUCAAACAACUCAGCACCCCACCACCUGGGUCCCAGGAUCUUUAUUUCCCUACUAAAUAUUCUCAAUCAUUCUUCAACCAAUGCAAGGCUUGUUUCUGGAAACACCAAUUAUCCUACUGGAGGAAUCCAAAAUACAAUGCUAUAAGAUUUUUCAUGACAACAAUUAUAGGUAUCAUAUUUGGCGUUAUCUUUUGGAGAAAAGGGCACAAGAUGUAUAAACAGCAAGACCUAUUAAACCUAGUCGGAGCUAUGUAUGCUGCUGUUAUGUUUCUCGGUGGAACGAAUACUUCUGCUGUCCAGUCCGUUGUAGCAGUGGAAAGAACGGUAUUCUAUCGUGAAAAAGCAGCAGGAAUGUAUUCAGCACUGCCUUAUGCUUUUGCUCAGGUGGCCACUGAGGUUAUCUAUGUCGCUCUGCAGACUUUUAUUUACAGCCUCCUCCUUUACUCGAUGAUUGGAUUCCACUGGCAAGUUGAUAAGUUCUUAUGGUUUUAUUACUUCGUCUUUAUGUGCUUCGUCUACUUCGGAUUGUACGGGAUGAUGCUUGUGGCACUCACCCCAAAUUACCAGAUAGCUGCCAUCGGCAUGUCCUUCUUCCUCAACUUUUGGAACUUAUUCUCUGGUUUUAUGAUCCCUAGAACGCAAAUUCCUGUAUGGUGGCGGUGGUAUUACUGGGGAUCUCCUGUUGCAUGGACAAUAUAUGGGCUCGUGACAUCUCAAGUUGGUGACAUGACCGAACCUGUUUCAAUACCAGGCUCGGGUGAACUACCAAUGAAGGAGUACUUGAAACAAUAUUUGGGAUACAAACAUGAUUUUCUUGGAGUUGUUGCUGUUGUCCAUCUUGGUUGGGUAGUGCUCUUCUGCUUCGUCUUUGCCUACGCCAUCAAGUUUUUGAACUUCCAGAAAAGAUAAUUGAGAUACCAGGCUUCAUUUAUACUAUUUUUUGUCGUUAGACAGGUUAAUGUACAUAACCGAAGAAGAAAAAGAGAGCUUGUUUGGAAUUCAUUGUAGUCAGUUAUUACACACAUGUCAGAUGUUAGACAAAAAAAAAAAUGUCUUGCAAAUCAGUGAAGAUGCUAUGCUGUGCUUAGAUCUUAUUAUUUUAUUUUGAUAAAUAUCUCUAAUAAUUUCUGCACAC